CCUCACAAACGCCACUUCUCAAAUCACAAACCCCACUCUCCCUCCUCUCUCCAAAAUCAUCUCUUUCUCUCUCCUACGCGCAUCAUUAAACAUGGCUGUUGAGAUCAAGGAGAACGGUGUCGCGGCGGGUGGCAAUGCGCAGCAGCUGAGCGUGAAGCGCGGGGAGCCGACGCUGGUGCCGCCGGCGGAGCCGACGCCGACGGGCGAGCAGUACUACCUCUCCAACCUGGACCAGAACAUCGCCGUGAUCGUGCAUACGGUGUACUGCUACAAGCCCCCUUCGUCCAGCCGUCACGGCGAUGCCGGCGAAGACGUGGCGGCCGCGCUCCGCGACGCGCUGGCGCGCGUCCUCGUGCACUACCACCCGCUGGCGGGCCGCCUGGGCAUCAGCCCAGAGAUGAAGCUGACCGUGGAGCUCACGGGCGAGGGCGCCGUGUUCGUGGAGGCCGACGCCGGCUGCGACCUUGCCGACGUCGGCGACCACACCAAGCCGGACCCCGCCGCGCUAGGCCAGCUCGUCUACUCCGUCCCCGGCGCCAAGAACAUCCUCGAGAUGCCGCCCAUGACCGCGCAGGUGACUAGGUUCAAGUGCGGAGGUUUCGCCCUUGGCCUGGCAAUGAACCACUGCAUGUUCGACGGCAUCGGCGCCAUGGAGUUCGUCAACUCGUGGGCCGAGACGGCGCGCGGCGCCGCCGAGCUCACCGUGCCGCCGUUCCUCGACCGCACCGUCCUCCGCGCGCGCGACCCGCCGGUGUACUCCUUUCCGCACCACGAGUUCGCCGAGAUCCCCGACGUCUCCGACACGGCGGUGCUCUACGGGAACCAGGAGCUGCUCUACCGCUCAUUCUGCUUCGACCCGGACCGGCUGGAGCGCGUCCGCGGCCUGGCGCUCGCCGACGGCGCCCUGGAACACUGUACCACCUUUGAGGCGCUCUCGGGCCUCGUCUGGCGCGCGCGCACCCGCGCACUCGGGCUUGCCCCGGAGCAGCGCACCAAGCUGCUCUUUGCGGUGGACGGGCGGCGCCGGUUCGUGCCGCCGCUGCCAAGGGGCUACUUCGGGAACGGCAUCGUACUGACCAACGCACUGGCGACGGCCGACGAGCUGCUGUCCGCGCCCGUGUCGCGCGCGGCGGGGCUGGUGCAGGAGGCCGUGCGGAUGGUGACGGACGAGUACAUGAGGUCGGCGGUGGACUACUUCGAGGCGACGCGCGCGCGGCCGUCGCUGGCGUCGACGCUGCUCAUCACCACGUGGUCGCGGCUCGCCUUCCAUGGCGCCGACUUCGGCUGCGGCGAGCCCGUCAUGUCCGGCCCCGUCACGCUGCCGGAGAAGGAAGUCAUACUCUUCCUCGCCCACGGAAAGGAGAGGAAGAGCAUCAACGUGCUGCUCGGGCUGCCGGCGACCGCCAUGGACGCUUUCCAAGAGCUCAUGGACGAGAUAUGAUCGAUCGAUGAUGACGACCUCCAUGGCCACGCAUCGAUGGCGGGACAGAGAUGGGUGCUAUACAUACGUAUAUAAAAUGCAUGCUGCUUUUAUGCUUGAGUUGCAUGGGUUUAUAGUAUCGCAAUGUUAGUUAUGGUGUGUGUUGAUUAUUUACUUUAUGUUGGUGUUUAAUGGAUCUGAGAAAUUGUUAUCAGUUGUAAUGGUUAUAAAAUGGUUUACGUUAUAGCAGCUUUCAUUGCUUUAAUUCA